UCUCUCUCUCUCUCUCUCUCUCUCUCUCUCUCUCUCUCUCUCUCUCUCUCUCUCUCUCUCUCUCUCUCGCCACACAUGGACUAAAAGUUAGACAGACAAGCUGGGGAAAGGAAUGGAUGGUUAUUGACCUGCUUCCAUCAGCCACUACAGAGGGACAUUGAAAAGGGAACCCACAAGCUGUGGGUUGCCAUGGACACCUUUUUCCGCCGGCACUUUAGAUUGAAAGGUGUGGAACAAUGCCAAUACAGGCGGCCUGGCGUGGCGGUGCCCACAAGCAAGGCUCGCCGGCGCUCCAGUGUAGGACUGCCCUCUGCUGGCCUGGUCCAACGUAGACGCUCUAGUGUGGGACUGCCAUUCACAGGUCCUGUCGGACACAGAAGGUCCAGUGCAGGCCUGUCGCCGACUUCUCAAUCCCAACGAAGACGUUCCAGUGUUGGCCUGCCGUCAGGUUAUGUGGGCCGUAGAAGCUCCAGUGUGGGCUUGGUCUGCACUGCUCACCAACAACGCAGGCGCUCCAGCGAGGUGCAGGGGUUACCCCACUGUUAUUAUGGAGGGGGGCAGCUAGUGAGGACCAGAUACUACACCAGGCGACGCUCCAGCACCACCAUGACCUGUGUCAAUCCCCGCUUCUCUGUCCGCCGCCGGCAAGCCGCCAAGCUCCGCACCAUUGACACCCAACUGCUGGGGCCUUCCAUGCUGCUGGCCAGCCUGGUCCAGAUGAGUGUGGAGCAGCAGAGGGCACCAGGGGCGCAGGGCGGUGUGAGGGCAUCAAGAGAGGGCACUGAAAACUGCCCCUCAUCCUCAAGCUGCUCCGAGUCGGAAGGGGACAGCUGCAGUCAGAGAGAGUGUAGCACCAGGUCGGAGGGCAGCGGCAGUGAACGAGAGGGGACUGAGGCAUCAUCAUCAUCAUCAUCAUAUCCAGAGGGAGAGAGGACGUCUCCAUGGCAGGACUGGAAUCAGGCUCAUAGUAUGGCAGCCUUGACGAUGGAGAGCAUCCAGUCCCGGCCCCUGAUCCGCGCCCCUCGCUGCCUGCGCCGUAACUCCUCCCACCUGCUGCCGGCGGAGGCGGUGCACCGUAGCAGGGCGGCCUAUGGUGUGCACGGGUGCUACCGACGCUCCAGCCAGUUACGGAGGCCUUCCACCAUCUCCAACAGCUCCUGGCAAGGCAGGCUAGUCCACGCACCCAGCCGCAGGAGCUCUAUAGUGGCCCGCCACUCCUCCCGUUCCCUGUAUAGGAACUGUUCCGCUUGCUGGAAGCCCAAAGGCCGCAGGGAGUCCCUCAGCCCCCUGCAGGGCACCUACUACGACCCCCGCCUGGAGACUUGGAGUGGAUUCGUCUCGAAGGCCAUUGCUAAAUCGGGUCUACAGCACCUGUCUGCCCAGCCCAGUGCCUCAGCCCUGGCCAAGUUUGACCCAGACAGGGAGAUCCGGAGCAGCUGUGACUGGACCGAGAACGCCCUGUAUGGGGAGCACAUCUGGUUUGAGACCAAUGUCUCUGGGGACUUCUGUUACGUCGGAGAGCAGCACUGCUUCGCCAAGACACUGCAAAAAUCUGUAGCCCGGAAAAAGUGUGCAGCCUGCAAGAUAGUGGUUCACACAAUCUGCAUAGAACAGCUAGAAAAGUUAUUCGAGGCUAUGCCCUAUGAAGACAGCCUGCUUAUCGAAGACCCCGCCUUUAGAAUAAACUUUAGGUGUAAACCGUCAUUCAGGGAAUCGGGUUCUAGGAAUAUACGAGAGCCCACCGUAGUGCGGCACCAUUGGGUCCACCGGAGGCGCCAGGAUGGGAAGUGUCGCCAGUGCGGGAAGGGUUUCCAGCAGAAGUUUGCCUUUCAUAGCAAAGAGAUUGUGGCCAUCAGCUGUUCAUGGUGUAAACAGGCAUAUCACAACAAGGUGUCCUGCUUCAUGCUGCAGCAGAUCGAGGAGUCCUGCUCCCUGGGUGCUCAUGCUUCUGUCAUCGUACCCCCUACUUGGAUCCUCCGGGUUCGCAGACCUCAGACCUCACUAAAGUCGAGCAAAAAGAAAAAACGGACCUCGUUUAAGCGCAAGUCCAGCAAAAAGGGAGUAGAGGAGGCGCGCUGGAAGCCCUUCAUAGUUAGACCCAUUCCCUCUCAGCUCAUGAAGCCGCUGUUGGUGUUUGUCAACCCAAAGAGUGGGGGGAAUCAGGGAGCCAAGAUUAUCCAGUCGUUCAUGUGGUACCUGAACCCUCGCCAAGUAUUUGACCUGAGUCUGGGAGGACCCAAGGAUGGGUUAGAAAUGUACCGUAAGGUGCAUAACCUGAGGAUACUGGCAUGCGGAGGGGAUGGCACGGUGGGUUGGAUCCUGUCUGCUCUGGACCAGCUCCAACUGAACCCCCAGCCUGCAGUAGCCAUCCUGCCUCUGGGGACAGGCAACGACCUGGCCAGGACCCUCAACUGGGGGGGUGGUUACACAGAUGAGCCGGUGUCUAAGAUCCUGUCUCAUGUCGAGGAUGGGAACGUCGUCCAGCUCGACCGGUGGAAUCUAAUAGUGGAGCCCAACCAGGAUGCUGUUGCAGAGGAGAGGGAUGAGCAGCAGACAGACAAGCUCCCUCUCGACGUCUUCAACAACUACUUCAGCCUCGGCUUCGAUGCACACGUGACACUAGAAUUCCACGAGUCUCGAGAGGCCAACCCAGAGAAAUUCAACAGCCGCUUUCGGAACAAGAUGUUCUAUGCAGGGACGGCCUUCUCGGACUUCCUCAUGGGCAGCUCCAAAGACCUAGCCAAACACAUCAAGGUCGUGUGCGACGGCACCGACCUCACGUCAAAGGUUCAGGAUCUGAAGCUGCAGUGCCUGGUGUUCCUCAACAUUCCCAGAUACUGUGCUGGUACCAUGCCAUGGGGCAACCCAAGCGAGCACCAUGACUUUGAGCCACAACGGCACGACGAUGGCUGCAUUGAAGUUAUCGGCUUCACCAUGACCUCUCUGGCCACGCUGCAGGUCGGAGGUCAUGGUGAGCGGCUGAACCAGUGUAGAGAGGUGACCCUCACCACAUACAAGUCCAUCCCCAUGCAGGUAGAUGGGGAGCCGUGCAAGCUAGCCCCCUCUACCAUCCGUAUCUCCCUGAGAAACCAAGCGAACAUGGUGCAGAAGGCCAAGAGGAGGACAUCUAUUCCGCUGCUGAAUGACCAGCAGCCCUUCCCGGAGAGGUUAAGGAUCCGUGUGAACCGUAUUAGCAUGCACGACUAUGAGGCCCUACAUUAUGACAAGGAGAAACUCAAAGAAGCCUCUAUCCCACUGGGACUUAUCGUUGUCCCGGGUGACAGUGACCUGGAAACAUGUCGCUCCCACAUCGAGAGGCUCCAAGAGGACUUCAUCUCCAUUCAUCCCUCCUUCAAACGACUGGUGCUCCAGGAGGAUGAUGGAGCUAAAUCAAAGACCCUUUCCUCGCAGAAGCUUUCGCCGAAGUGGUGCUUCUUGGACUCCACAACUGCAGAUCGAUUUUACAGAAUUGAUCGUGCUCAGGAACACCUAAACUAUGUGACCGAGAUAUCCCAAGACGAGCUAUUUAUCCUGGACCCUGAGCUGGUCGUCACGGAGACGGUGAGCACCUCACCAGGGAUGCCUGAUCUGGUUGAUUCUUCUGGUGAAUUCCCAGAGGCGUCGAGCAAGUUUGCCUUCCCGUCCUCCUCCUCGUCUCCUCCCCCCCUCACCGGGACCCAGUCCCACCAGCCCACAAUCGGACAGCGAGGCCAUGGCCGUCAGACACAAGAAAUCCCACUUCUUCUUCUCUCCCUCCGGCUUCCCCUUUCCUGUCAGGAAGAGGAUCACGGAGCUCCAGAAGACCACCCAGAGGAAGCGAUAUCCAGCGACAGCUCGGUGGUGGAGGCACUGGCACACAGCAACUCCCUCAGGUCCAGUAAGCCUGCACUCACCAGGGCAGGAUGUAUCCAUCGGUCUAACACUACUGCAGCUGAUUUCAACCCAACAUCGAGGUCGGAGAAGAAUACACUGUGCAAUACAGACAAAGUAUCACCGGAAGUGUUGAUUGAAUGUGUGAAGCGCAAAGACCAUCUGAAGCUGAAGGAGCUGCACAAACUGGGAGCUGACCUGUCAGUGCAGGACCCCUCAGGAUGCACCCUGCUCCACUAUGCUGUGGACACUGGUAGCAAGGAGACUGUCAAAUACAUCCUGGACAAUGCACCCACAGAUAUCCUGGAUGUUACAGAAAAGGAAAAUGGGGAGACAGUGUUGCACAAAGCAGCGUCACUGUGUCAGAGGACUAUCUGUCACUACCUGGUAGAGGCAGGGGCCUCCCUCAUGAAGACAGACUUACAGGGUGACACACCAAAGCAUCGUGCAGAGAAGGCCAAGGAUGCAGAGCUGGCUGCCUACCUGGAGAACCGGCAGCACUACCAGAUGAUCCAGAGAGAGGACCAGGAGACAGCUGUGUGACCUCCCUCUGCUCCCUGACCUCCAGCACCACUUCCCUAUAACCCCGUGCCAAAACUACUUUAGCUAAAAGAGGAAACUCACCAGAGAAGAUGGUUAAAAGAUAGCCAGUGUUGUAUUCUCCUGCUAGGAAGUUGGUUGGAAUCCUAUCAGAUGAGAGGUCUUAAAGGUCCAUCAUGUGAGGUGCUUGUGACCAGUGGACUUGAUUAUUGCACUGCCAAAAGAAGCUGUUUUGUGUCGGAACGCUGGGAAGGGAUGGCUCUUCUGUUACAUUAAAAAAAAAAAUCCCCAGGUUGUGUUGCGCUUGCGAUCCACCUAGACUGAAUGUUGUAUUUUGCUACAAGGUUUUAGGACAAGAGCUUGGGUAAUUGAAUGUCCAGGUCAUUGUAUUAUUUUACUCUCCGAUGGAGCUGUAUUUCUCUGUGUCUAUCAAAGCAGCAUGAGCGUUUCAACUGAUCUGUAGGCCAGCUGUCUUUAAGGCUACCAAAAAUGACAUUAUUUGGAUUACGGUUUUAUUUGUUUGUUGUACAUUAUUAUAAUUUGUUGACUGAUUUGUCCACCCAUAAUGCAGUGUGAUGGUAUCAAACUAUCCACGAAGGUGGGGAAUUUUACACGUAAUACUUUUCUCAUCACCAAACAAUUUUGAAUUGAAUAAAUCAAUAUUGUUGUACUUUAUGAUCACUUGGCAAAUGUUUCUUUUAUUUCUUAGUUUUAAUAAGGAUAUUUGGUACUGUACACUCGUAGUAGCUCUGUGUUAAAGCAGUUUAUGCACUGCAGCUCCAAUUGCCUUGAUUUUCUUAUUUUGUUGGCUGAUUAGUUUGUAUUUAAUGUACUUAAUUAAGUCAUGGUGUAUUUUUAUUGCAUUUUUAAGCAGAUUGAUGUUUAUAUAACUUGUACAUACUAUAAAUUUAAAAUGUUUUGUGUUUGGUCAUUAUUUACUAUAAAAAAUGUGCAUUUGAUAUGUAUUAGUUUCAGAACUACAAAGCAUUUCUUCUCUCAUAUUGUGACAGAAGGCGUAUUUAUUCACCUCAACAUUUUUUACAGAUCCUUAACAUGCUCAUGAAGCGGUUAAAUUAUGUUCAGCAAACUCAAAAAUGUUCUGAAGGUUUGAGUUGUAAAAUUUACAGGGUUGAUGUUGUUGUUUUUUUACAUACAAAAUUAAUAAGUUGUCUUCACACAAACCAAUCGUUUGUGGUUGCUAUUUAUUUUCCAUAGUUAUAAUCUGUUAAAAUUUGACUGGCCAUUUAAAUCAGCAAUAUAAUUCAACUUAAGUUAUAAAGACCUGUGAUUCAUUUAAAGGGUAUUAUAUUGUGUAGAGAGGGAUGGGAAGGAAUUGGUUUCAUUCUGAAAGCUAUCCUACAUUAUAACUAGUUUAAUGUAGCACCACAGUAACUGUGGAUCGACUGCAUUUUGAAAUUAGUUAUUUCUCUGGAUGUUUUUUCUCAUUAUUUAAUCACUAAACAUCCUUGUAAGACGUCCUUGUAAACACAUUAUCAAUGUAUACUUUCAUAUACACAUUUUUUAUUGUGUUUGUUGUCUGAAGUUUAUAGUUUUGACCUUCAAACAACCCAUAAUGCCAACUAAGAUGCAUUUCAUUGUAAAUAAUUGCUGUUCUCUAUUAUGGCCAGAUACAUUAAUAAAUGUAGCACUGAAUCAGUUGCUGUGAUGGGAAAUAUGUUGUCAAUGAAAGCCCUUGAGUGUUUCUAAUGCCAGACUGAAAAUAAGGUAUUUUUGAUUUGAUUAUGAAAAGUAAAUGAAUUGUGUAGUUCUACAUCAGUUUAAAUGACUUAAAUGUAAAUGUAAAUGUACAUAAUCAUAUGUUCUCACAGAAUAUUUUGGGGGUCCACUUUUUUAUUUUAUUACAUUUUUAACAAUAGAAACAUCCACAUACAAACGACAGCAUACAGACGCACACAAACAUCCAAAACAUCACGCCUUCCCAGACCAACCUGCUCACCACCCCCAGCUCCAGCGCCCGCAUCACUUUCUGCCACAUAGCCUCAAACUGCACCAUUUUGUUUCAUGGUCACACUGAUUGUCAGCAUUUUCAAUAAUGAAGACCGUAGGCCCCCUUUUAGUUGACUUCACUAUAGUUGAAAUAUGUUAGCCUUGACGCUGAGAAGAUUAGAUAUCAUUUGAGGCAUUUAUGAUUAUACUGCAUUCUGAAAGAGGUGCAUAUUUGAAUAGGUAUUGUAACAUAUAUCCUCCUGUUCAGAGACUGACAUGGAGAUGUAGGAAAUGCCCUUGCAUUUGUAUAAUUUGGAUGUAUAUUAACAUUCCCUCAUCAAUCUACACACAAUGCACCAUAAUGACAAAGCAAAAACAGGGGUUUAGACAUUUUUGCAAAUGUAAUAAAAAAAUUAAAAAGUACUAUUCAGA